CAUCACCCCACCGUGACCCGGGCAGUGAAGCAAUUUGCGAGAGACGUGAAAGAGGGGGAAGGUGGAGAACAGGAAUGGAGAAGAGUGAGAGAAAAAAAAAGGCAGAAGUGACUUGUGAUUUGCACAACAGCCAACGGGGUUAACCGUUUUGAGAUACUUUCGUUUCCUGCGCCUGCGGUACUGCCGGAAAGAGAGAGAGAGAGAGUGAAGCGCAGCGCCCUGCUCCGGGCUCAGUCGUACCCGAACCCCCCGGCCACACGGACCACUGGCACCCCGUCUCCCGCCGCCCUCGCCAUGUCGCUGCCCCGCCAGCUCCGAGACGAGAGUGAUUUUGACCAGCUCCCAGACAACAUUCCCAUCUCGGCCACCGUUGCAGACGUUGAAGAACGGAAAGGCUUCACCCACUACUUUGUGUUCGUGAUCGAGGUGAAGACCAAGGGUGGCAGGAAGUACCUGAUCUACCGGCGGUACAGCGAGUUCUUCGCCCUGCACCAGAAGCUGGAGGAGAAGUUCGCCCCCGAGGCCCAGAGCACCACCUACACCUGCACCCUGCCCACCCUGCCAGGGAAGGUGUUCAUGGGAAAGAAGCAGGAGAUCGCAGAGACCAGGAUCCCCGAGCUCAACACCUAUGUGAAGAAGCUGCUGUGUCUCCCCACCUGGGUCCUGCUGGAUGACCUCAUCAGGAUUUUCUUCUACCAGAGGGAGUCUGACAACCAGCAUGUCCCGCGGGCACUGAGGAGACUGAGGCCCCCCACACGAAAAGUGAAAACUGUGAAACCGAAGACAGACUUUCUCUCAAGUCCUAGAGCUGAGGCUCUGUUCGACUUCAGCGGGAGCGGGCGCGUGGAGCUGAGCUUCCGAGCGGGAGAGGUGAUCUUCCUGCUGAGGAGGGUGAACGCCGACUGGCUGGAAGGCACGGUGCAGGAGGUCACGGGGAUAUUCCCGCGCUCCUUUGUGAAGAUCAUCAAGCCGCUGCCCGACGACAGUGACUCGGACGAGGGCGGGGAGGCUGGGAAGGGCCCAGGGAGCUCCAGCUGCCUCCGAUGCUAUCUGUACGAGAGCCGGCGCCAGCAGCUCAGGGAUGUCUGUGUUGAAGAGGACCUGUCUGUGCAGCCUUCCUACAAAGACUUGCUCACACGGAUGAGGGAAGUGUUCAGUCUGCACGACAUCGCGCUGAACUACCGUGACCCGGAAGGGGACCUGAUCCGCAUCUUGGACGACACGGAUGUGAAACUCAUGGUGUCGGAGAGCAAAGGUCAAGCUGGGGUCAGGCGGCCAGUCAACCAGUUCCCCUGGGAGCUGCACGUGACACUUGCCUCCGACCUCUCCGUCUACAACACCGCGCCCUGAGCGCCCAGCCAGAGGGGGCGCUGCACUGUGCGGUCCCGAGAGUCUGCCAGCUUCUCUGUCUUCUGCAUUGCUCAAAGGCGCUUGUCUGCACAUGUAUAGGGGCUCCAGUAAGAAUCAGUACACCAGGUGUGCACUCUGUACAGCUGUAUACACCAGGUAUGCAGCGAGUCUGUGUUUGUAUGUGGUCUGUGUACCCCGGGUGUGCAGUGUGUGCACUGUGUAUACCCCAGGUGGGCGGUGAGUGUGUCCAUACGGUCUGUAUACCCCAGGUGUGCAGUGAGUGUGUGUGUAUAUAUGGUCUGUAUACCCCAGCAGUGCAGUGUUGAUGCAGUCUGUAAUAAGAGGUGUGUACAGGCUGUAUACUCCAGCAGAUGUGCAGGGUAAACGCUCUGUAUACACCAGGUGUGCAGUGUGUACAGUUUGUGUACAAUCUGCAGUCAAAGAAGGUUGUGUUCAACACGCUGUUGUGUACUAAGAUGAGUAGUGUUAUCGAGUUUGAAUCUGGUGUGAGUAAUACUCCUGCCUUUGGCUGAGGUCAUAGCUUGAUAGUUUUCAUAGUGUCUUCAAAGCUGGUAAACUCUCGGAAACAGCGUGCUGAGAGAGCCCUGAGAACAGAGCAAACCUCCCCGAAACCAGCAAAGAGGAGGAGAUGUGAACAGGCUGCCCAGGGCAGACUCGCCGACUACAGCAGCAGAAAGUGCUGCAGUGCUGCCUCCACGCUCUGCCCACACCUUGCAGAGGAGGUUUAGAGGAGAUAACAGUCCUGCAGCAGGAAGGGCUCCACACAGAGGGAGAGCGAGUUCACUUUUAAUCAGGAAUUUCUCACUAAGAUCUGUUGGGAGAAUCAUCUUUUUACUGGUAUAAUGUAUAGACGAAUGUGGAGCAAAUAACUCGAUAGUUAUCAUUGCCAGCAUCUUCUAAAAUAAAUUAAUACAAAUGUGUGCUCUUAAUAAGGCCAAUCAGGUAAUAAAAAGCCAAUGGUACCACCGAAAAAAAGCAAUUACUGAGAUGAGCAAUUAAAUUGAAAGAUAUUUUAAUUCUUUUUUUUUUAUUUUAAAAUGAGUGCACAGUGGCUGGCGUUCAGCCACCUCCUUGAAGAGACACUCCCCAUCUUCCUGUUUUCCACUCUGCUCCCAGAAGAAUCAGAUGAGAGCUCCGGAUCAGCAGAGCCCAGCUACGAGCCCAAGUCAUUUUUCAGACUAUCAGUGUACUCGGUGUGCUUGUUCUUACAGGAGCUGUGUGUGUUCUUCAGUAGCCGCCAAAGCUGAAAUGUGAGUGUGUUUAUGCUGUUCUCCUGCGCUUUGCCUUUAUACCUUUGUAAAGAACAGGUUCUCAAUUCCGGUCCACGGUGUCCAGGUUCCAGGUUUUCCGUUCCAGCUUCUCCCUGCUCCACAGCCCUCCGCUGCAGGAGAUCUGGAGACACUUGGAAAACCUGCUGGAUUCUGGAACUAGAGUAGGGGUGUCAAACUUGAAUCCCACAGGGCCUGGUGUCCUCUGGUUUUUAGUCUAACCUAAGCAGUCAUUUAAGCAAUUAACCUAAUUGUUUUCUUGGAAUAUUAAAUAUGAAGGAUUUUUCUUAAGAUCUUUUACAGCUGAUUACUCCAAAAAUUAACUCAAAGAGUAUAGAUCCCUAUAAAAUACCAUGAAGCUUGGUGAGAACUCUUAACGAUGCUGCUGCUAAUUAAAUAAUUAGACCGGGUGUGUAUCCGAGAGCUGAGCCUACAGGAGCUGAGUCUGACACCUCUGCUUUAGAGCCGACAGUGGUGACGCAGUGCAGGACGUGCUUCUGUACCCACCCCUGGAUUACUGUGCGACCAGUCUGGGAUAGACUUAUUACAACGCCAGUAAUAAAAAUACCUGCACAAGUGUGA